GAUGAUGCUCUAUCUAUCGUAGUAUUCAAAAAAAAUGAUUCAAAAUUCCUAAAUGAAACUAACAUUUGGAAUUUAAUUGGAAAAUGUCAUUCACAUUGUUUACCAAUUAGACAAGUGUUAUUUGGACCUUCUAUUAGAGACGAUUCAGUUCCUCGACUUUUCUCUUUAGGGGAGGAUAAAGAUCUUAUUGAAUAUGAUUUAAAAGAUAGUGGACCAUAUCCGGAUCCAGGAUUAAAAAUUUUACAGAUAGAUCGAAUUGAAUCAAAAGCUACUCCUCUGUACAUGGAAUGGUAUCCGCAAAUCGGAAUGGAGACUUUUUUUGUGAUAUCGAAUUCUGAAUACAAGUACAAAUUAUUAAAUGAUAUAAUAAGGAUGAUUCGUGGAACUUAUGUGAACGCAACAUUUGGAACGCCUGUACAACGUUUUAAAAUAUUAACAAAAGAAAAUAAUAACAUCUAUAUGGUAUUUUCAACUGAUAAAGAAAUAGGUCUACAAAUUCUUCCUUUAGAUGGCAAUCCUUAUAGAAACAUAGGACUUACUGGACAUCCGCGUCAGAUCACUGGAUUCGCUGUGGAUUGUAAAAACAGUAUCGUAUUUACUAUGGGAUAUAGAGAUUCUUGUGUUUUAAUGUGGAAGAUAAAAUUCAGAUCAGUAAAUAUUAUGAAACGCUUAGGAGGAGAAGGAUUGUCUCCAUUUUAUAGUUUCAUAAAAGGUGGUAAAAAUGGGUGGUUAUUUAACGAAAUGCAAGAUUUAUUCUACUACGCACAGAUUUUACAACAAGGAGAAAAUACUAUCGAAACAAGAAAGGUUUCUGGUAUGGCUUCUAUUAAACAAAUACCAAAUUUAAUGCGAGCCAUUGGUUAUUUCCCUAGUAACAAAGAACUGGAAAACAUUAUGCGUGAAGUAUCCUAUAGGAAUUAUGCGGAAACGGGACAAUUAUUGGAGGAAAUUACUUUCGAAGAUUUUGUUAAACUUUACAUCAAUCAUCGACCUGUAUUUGGAUAUUCUAUGAGAGAAAUGAAAGAAGCUUUCGCAAGUUUUUGCGAAAAAGACUUGAGUAAUGAUGAAGAUUUAAUAUUAACUCGAGAUCAAUUUAUGAAUAUCUUAUUUGGUACAUACCCAGAGAAUAAUAUCUUGAAAGAUAAGAAACUUCUCGGUGAACCACUGACAUUAGAAGAAGCAUAUACAUACCUAAAACUGCUUAUUCCUUCGGAGGAUGCCAAUAUAGAACAUUUUGCAGAUUCAAAAGGACAAAUAUCUACAUCUAUAAAUUUCGAUUUUCUACCAUCGAGGAUAUCUUACAAAGAUUUUGUCACGGUUAUUUUGGGUGUUGAUUUGUUGGAGAAGAUGAGGGCUGAGAAUAAAAUUACGUGAUGUUUGCCGCACUGCCGAUA